UUAGCUAAUUGUGCACCUGUAGACUUUUAAGCGGUAGAUACACCGCCGGUUUAGGAUAAACUAUUGGUAGGUAUUUUCACAGCAACUCGCGGCGAUUCGACACUUCGCGAAUGAGCAUUGAUUUACUCGUUGAGGUUGUUGGUAGUUGGGUAUCACCCGACGUGUCUCUUAGAUAUGGACAUUGCCUGAGACUGGACUUGCUUUUCAUUUUGGCUAAUACUUUAUUGGAAAUCUUUCUCUUUCCGUAGCUGAGACCCUUGGGCCGGGUAAUUCUUUGUUUGGUUCCUAAAUAACCUAGCUGAGUCCACAUCAGUCAAUAUUUACAAAUAGGUUUCGCUUUUAUAGAUACGGAUGGCAACUUGGCUGUAAUAGGAUUGUCCCACCCAAUUGGAAAUCCAGUUAUCCCGCGAGCCAUGUCUCAGACGGCCGACUCGCUGACCUUCCCGACGGCGAUGCACUCCUCCGGGGGCAGUCGCGGCGGCACAGCCGAACCCGGAGGGGCUGGGGCUGGGGCCGGGGCCGGAUCGUCGCCGAGCGGGCACAUCCGGCGUUGGGUCAACUCCCUGCUGACGUCGCGUAAUACUUCUGCUACCCUCGGUCACGGCGGCACGGAACAGCGACGACGUGGCGCUAGCCAGGAGCCCGACGGCUGGUGGAAGAUACGCCUCUUCCGCGGCAUGGUCAACGACCUGCGACGCCGCGCGCCGUACUACUGGAGCGACUGGCGCGACGCCUGGGAUUACCGCGUCGUGCCGUCGACGGUUUAUAUGUAUUUUGCGAAUAUCCUUCCCGCACUCGCCUUUUCGCUCGACAUGUUCACCAAGACAAAUAUGCAGUAUGGUGUGAACGAAGUGCUUUUGGCGUCGGUUCUAGGUGCGGUGGUGUUUGCGAUACUUGCUUGUCAACCGUUGGUUAUUGUGGGAGUUACCGGUCCUAUCACGGUGUUCAAUUACACGGUCUACGAUAUAAUGACGCCCACUGGGACGAACUACUUGGCUUUCAUGACCUGGAUCGGCCUUUGGUCCCUGGUGUUCCAUUGGAUUCUUGCCGUCACUAAUGCCUGCAACUGGCUACGUUACGUGACCCGGUUUCCGUGCGAUAUUUUCGGCUUCUACGUCGCAUUCAUCUACUUACAGAAGGGCGUCCAGGUGCUCGAGCGCUUCGGCGACGAUUCGCCAUUCUACCUAUCCGUCAUGGUGGCUCUACUCGUUUUCAUGAUCGCGUAUGCUUGCGGCGAGCUGGGAGAGAGUCCGCUCUUCCGACACCCUGUCCGAGUAUUUCUUAAAGACUACGGUACACCACUUACAGUCAUCUUUUUCACCGGGUUCGUGCACCUUGGCCGUAUGAAGACGGUUGAGCUUGAGAGGUUGCCUACGAGUGCGGCUUUCUUCCCUACUGCUGAUAGGGGCUGGCUUGUUCAUUUUUGGGAAAUUGACGUUGGGGAUGUAUUUAUUGCGAUACCUUUCGCGGUCUUGCUUACCAUUUUAUUUUAUUUUGAUCAUAACGUAUCAUCCCUCAUCGCACAAGGAACCGAGUUCCCCCUACGCAAACCCGCAGGCUUCCACUGGGACCUGUUCCUCCUGGGCCUGACAACCGGCGUCGCAGGUCUCCUCGGGCUCCCCUUCCCCAACGGGCUCAUCCCGCAAGCGCCCUUCCACACCGAAUCGCUCUGCGUCACCAAGGUCGUCGCCGACACCGAGGAGACCAACGGCGAGGCAAAGGGCCACUACGCGCUCAAGCGCACGCACGUCGUCGAGCAGCGCGUCUCGAACCUGGCCCAGGGCCUGCUGACCCUCGGCACCAUGACGGGGCCCCUGCUCGUCGUCCUGCACCUCAUCCCGCAGGCCGUGCUCGCCGGCCUCUUCUUCAUCAUGGGAUACCAGGCCCUCGAGGGCAACGGCAUCACGGCCAAGCUCCUGUUCCUGCUCAGGGACCGCGCGCUCACGCCCGGCGGGCACCCGCUCGCGGCGAUCCGCCGCAGAGCAGCCGUCUGGGCGUUUGUGGGAAUCGAGAUCGCGGCUUUCGGCGCUACGUUCGCUAUCACGCAGACCGUGGCCGCCGUCGGGUUCCCCGUCGUCAUCCUCGCGCUCAUACCCGUGCGCGCGCUGCUGCUGCCGAGGGUGUUUACUCCCCAGGAGCUGGGUAUCUUGGACGCGCCGACUGCGAGCCCGUUUACGAUGGAGAGCGUGGGUGGCUCGUAUGCGGCGGAGGGCGUCCACGGGCACGGACACGGUGCUGGGGAGGGGACGGGGACGGUGACCGAAUUCACGGAGAGUGGGAGCGAGGGCGUUGUGGUGGGUCCUACGGGUGCGGGCGCGGAGGCGGUCGGGAGAAGGAAGAGCGAGGAGGUGUUGGCUGAGGAAGGCCGCGGCCGGGUGGUUGAGGACGUCGGGAUCGAGAUGAGUCGCUUGGGCGUUAGUAGGAGGGGGCAGGCGAGCCGGAGUGUGGCGAGGGAUGUGGGUUAGUUGAGUAGGCGAAUUGUAGACGUGACGUUACGUGACCUGGGUUGGUAUAGAAGGGGUCUUGUUGGUUGGGGUUUGGGAUACAUAAAAGUUGAGGGAGAUUGUGAAUACUGCGUUUGAUGUGGUUGUACUGAGUCCUCCGCUUUGGGAGAUAGGUAGAU